AGCAGGCAGCGAGGAAGGCCAUGGCCGUUGCCACGUCGGCCCAGCUGGCACGGGCACUGUAUGACAACACGGCUGAGUCCCCCCAGGAGCUGUCCUUCCGGCGAGGGGAUGUUCUACGGGUACUGCAGAAGGAGGGCGCCAGUGGGCUGGAUGGCUGGUGCCUCUGCUCCCUGCAUGGACAGCAGGGCAUUGUGCCCGCCAAUAGAGUGAAGCUCCUUCCUGCUGGCCCAGCACCCAAGCCCAGCCUUUCCCCAGCACCCCCAGCCCAGCCUGGCUCACUGAAUCCAGUCCCAGAGCACAGCAAUGAGGACCAGGAGGUCUAUGUGGUGCCACCUCCAGCUCGUCCCUGUCCUGCCUCAGGACCUCCGGCUGGACCCUGCCCACCCUCCCCUGAUCCUAUCUACAAGGUCCCCAGAGGUAGUGAGACCCAGCUGGCUGCCCCCAGAGAUGUCUUGGAGGUCUAUGAUGUGCCUUCCACUGCCCUCCGGGCUCCCUCCAGUGGCCCCUAUGACUCUCCUGCCUCCUUCUCCCGCCCCCUAGCCCGGGUUGCCCCACAGCCCCCUGGAGAGGAUGAUGCUCCCUACGAUGUGCCUCUGGCCCCAAAGUCACCUGCAGAGCUGGAGGCAGAUCUGGAGUGGGAAGGGGGCCGGGAACCAGGGCCCCCCCUCUACGCUGCCCCCUCCAACCUGAAACGGGCAUCAGCUCUCCUCAACCUGUAUGAAGCACCUGAGGAACUGCUAGCAGACAGGGAAGGUGGGAGCACUGACGAGGGCAUCUACGAUGUGCCCUUGCUGGGGCCAGAGGCACCGCCUUCUCCAGAUCCCCCGGGAGCCUCAUCUUCCAAUGACCUGGACACCCUGACCCAGCUUCUGGCUAAAAGUCCCCCACCCCCACACAGGCCCCGGCUGCCAUCAGCUGAGAGUCUGUCCCGCCGCCCUCUGCCUGCCCUGCCUGUGCCGGAGGCCCCUAGCCCUUCUCCAGCUCCCUCUCCUGGCUCAGGCCGUAAGGGCAGCAUCCAGGACCGGCCUCUACCCCCACCCCCACCCCGCCUGCCUGGCUAUGGGGGCCCCAAGGUUGAGGUGGAUCCAGAGGGCGGGGAGUUGGAGGAUGAUACAACAGGACACCACAAUGAGUAUGAGGGCAUCCCAGUGGCCGAGGAGUAUGACUACGUCCACCUGAAGGGCAUGGAUAAAGCUCAGGGAUCUAGACCCCUGGAUAAGGCCUUACCAGGGAAUCCUGAACUGCUGGAGAAGGGGCUGCCGGAGCAGGAGAUCCUGACCUCAGGAGAGCCACUGGUUCUGUCCGCUGGAGAUCUGCAGCUCCUGCACUUCUAUGCAGGGCAGUGCAAGAGCCACUACUCAGCACUGCAGGUGGCUGUGGCUGCCCUGAUGGCCAGUACCCAGAUCAACCAGCCCCCACGCCUCUUUGUGCCCCACGGCAAGAGGGUGGUAGUGGCUGCUCACCGCUUGGUGUUUGUUGGGGAUACCCUGGGCCGGCUGGCAGCCUCUGCACCUCUGCGAGCACAGGUCGGAGCUGCAGGCACAGCACUGGGCCAGGCAUUGCGGGCCACUGUGCUGGCAGUCAAGGGGGCUGCCUUGGGGUACCCAUCCCUCCCUGCAGCCCAAGAGAUGGCACAAUGUGUGGCAGAACUGGCAGGACACGCCCUGCAAUUCACCACCCUGCUCAGCAGCCUGGCACCCUGAGAGUCUCUUGGCACAGCUCUGCCCCUCCCCUAUCUGCCAGAGCCCACCUCCAGACCUUGGGUGGCUAGAGGGCUUUGUUAUAGAGACUAGGAGAGAUGGAGUUAUCUUUCCCUUUCCUUCUGGACAUCUCAGCCUCUCACGGGGGCAUCUCCUCCCCCUGACCCACAGCUUUUGUACGAGCCAUUUUGUAUAAAUUAUUUAUAUUUAAUAUUAUUCCCUGCUUUGUCAGGGGCAGGCACCAGGCCCUCUGGGGCAGGGAAGAACUGGACCCUCCUCCUCUCCUCAGCCUGGGGUAGAGGUUGCUAC